GAAGCUUUCUCAAAUUCAGCUCUCCUUGAGGAAGAUCCGACCAGUACAUUGGAAAUGGCUCAAAUGGGAGGUUUUGGGCGAAGGUAUAUCAAAGCCUUUGUUAGUGGCUUCUUCAUUGCUGUGCCUGUCACUGUGACUGUGUUAGACCGCCUUGCUUAUGUGGCACGGGUGGAAGGGGCGUCAAUGCAGCCUUCCUUGAACCCUGAAGGAGGAACAACAUCUGACAUAGUGCUUUUAAACCGUUGGAGUGUUCGACACUAUCAAGUACAGCGUGGAGACAUUGUGUCAGUGGUGUCUCCAAAAAAUCCCCAACAGAAGAUCAUUAAGCGAGUGAUUGCCCUUGAAGGAGACAUCAUUAAAACAAUGGGGUAUAAAAACAGAUAUUUGAAGAUCCCUGAUGGGCACUUUUGGAUUGAAGGUGACCACCAUGGCCACAGUUUAGACAGCAACAACUUCGGACCAUUGGGAUCAUUUUUAUGCUGGAUAGCGGAGCUGCUAGAGCAUAAUGACACGUGUGAUCCAGAUGAGUUCUGCACUUCGGUGAUGAAUAAAGUGUCUCUUGGACUUGUUCAUGCCAGAGCUUCCCACAUUAUAUGGCCUCCUAACCGGUGGCAGAAAAUCCAAACAUGUCUUCCUGCCGAUCGCACACCUGUGUUAAGCUGGAAUGAAGCAUCGAGAGAUGACAACGAUGAAUGAAAAAACUGAAGAAAACUGUUCAUUUAAAAAGAUGUGUACCCAAUUAUAACCAGUUUGUCUUAAUUUUGCUUUGUGUCUGUAGUUACAAUUUUCCACAAUUAGAGUACUGUAUCUGUACGUCUAUAGUAGUUUGUAUGGUACAUAGGUGCUUUUCUGAGUCAUCUUUUUUUU